AUGAGUAAUGCAAAGGGGACCAGGAACUACCACAAGAACUUCCAGGUGAAGAGAAGAAGAAGACGAGAGGGCAAGACCGACUACAAGCACAGAACCAAUAUGAUUCGACAGGAUUCCAACUCAUACGGGUCUGUGAAGCACAGGCUGGUUGUCCGGAUUACAAAGAGCCGGGUGAUUUGCCAGAUCACAGGAGCCUACAUGGAUGGAGACCGAGUGAUGGUGUAUGCAGACUCGUCUGAGCUGAAGAAGUAUGGAAUCAACUUUGGGCUUACAAACUACUCUGCAGCAUAUGCAACUGGAUUCCUGAUUGGAAGAAGGGCACUGACAGCAUUGUCUCUGGAUGGAGUAUAUGGGCCCAAGGAGAUUGACGGGACAUACAGUAUUACGGAGGAUGUUGAUGGAGAGAGAAAGGCGCCCAAGGUGUUCCUCGACAUUGGACUUGCAAGGUCCACAAAGGGAGCAAAGGUGUUUGGAGCAAUGAAGGGAGCAUCUGAUGCAGGACUGAACAUCCCACACAGCGAGGUGAAGUUCUAUGGGUACCAAGAGGAUGGGAGCUUUGAUGCAAAGGAGCUGCACGACAGGAUUUUUGGAUACAACGUCUCUGAGUACAUGCAGAAGUUGCGGGACAGUGAUGAAGAGAAGUACAAGACCCAGUUUUCAGACUAUAUCAAGAAAGGCAUCUCGGCCGAGGACAUUCCACAGAUCUACAAGAGUGCUCUGGACAAGAUUGCAUCAGACCCAUCGAAGGAAGCAAGGGAAGUGAAGGACUACUCUUCGCUUAAGAAGUACCGGCCGGUUCGACUUACAUAUGAGGAGCGCAAGGAGAGGAUACAGGCCAAGCUUUCCACGAUUGAGAGCGAAUAA